AGAGGAAAAGUGUUACUGUCUUCUGUAAACUUCUGACUAUCAGAUUUUUAAUUCUUUACGAUGUAUAUGUGGAUCCUAAUGGUACUUACUAUUGGCAUCAGUUCUAUUUCUGCAGAACCAAUAGUACUAGUAAGGAGUAUAUCUGAUACACAAAAAUUCUGUUAUAUAGAAUCUGGAUUUAAUUACGGCAAAUUAGAAAAAAUCAAGUUGCGGCGUCUCUUUCCAUCCGAUAUGAGUUACAAGUGUUACAUAGGCUGUUUUUGUACUAAAAAGAAAUAUCCGAUGCCAGAUACGAGAGUCAUGAAUGAAAAAAUCAUGCGGGAUGCUCUAAAUCGAUCACUCCCUCAAAAAACAGUUAAUAAUGCCAUGGCCAGCUGUAAAAAUGUGACAGUGACUGAAGAUAUAUGCGAAACAGGAGAGAAAUUGGUUGGUUGCUUCAUAAAACAAGGAAUUAUUCUCGCAGAUUUUAUGGGGUACAUUGAAGAGGAUAAAUUGUAGUUAUGUAUUUUAAUAAAUUCAUCACAUUAUUUCAAGAAAAAGUAAUUGUCUAUUCGACU